GCAAAGGUAACUGAACACGGCCUUAUAUCCUACUUUUCAAAAUCAAUGUCAUGUGACUUUUUCAACAUUAACUACUUUUUUGUUUCACACGAAUCAGUAUUUUUCUGUCAUUGGUGGCACAGAUGGGAUUUGCUAUUGGCUCGUUGUUUCUCCUUUACGGGAUCAGCGGACUGUUGACUGGAGUCUGGUCUUUCCCCUUGAAUCAUUGGAAAAACAUUAAAUGUCCUGCAGGCUGGACUCAGUUGGACUGUCACUGUUACAUCUACGAAACUACAGCUGCGAGCUUUGUCGCAGCAGAGACUGACUGCAUCGGUCGAGGUGGAAAUCUUGCCUCCAUCCACAGUGACUUGGAAAAUAGACUCGUUCUUGAAGUGGGUCGAGAGGGUGGUACUACUACCCAAUUCUGGAUUGGACUCCAUGAUGCAAUUUUGGAAGGUGACUACAUAUGGACUGAUGGCUCGCUUCAGAAUUUCCUUAACUUUGAUGUCAAUGGUAUGCCUGCCCCAGAGCCUAAUACCAAUAAUGGUAACUGUGUAGAGCUUGAUGAGAGUGAUGGACUUUGGCAAACUGCGUCCUGCACAGCCAGUAAUACAUAUGUUUGCAUCAUCGAUGUGUGCAAUGGCGGAGAUCCUAACUCUCCAGACCCCAGUUCGCAGUCAAUUUGAGACAUUGUCAAACUUUGGUGGUGUGUUUGCAUUUUAGGGUUUAUUAUUAUCUCUUGUUUUCUUCUUUUUCCACAAUGAUCAGUUAUUAUUGAGAUCAAAUUUGUCUCGGCCCUUGAUUGGGCCCACAAAGACCCUUGUCUGUUUUGAGUCUGCAUUGCGCCUCUACACCAUCGAUGCCUGUCACUUUUAUCAUUUGUGAUUUAUUUGCGUUUGGAAUAUUUAACCCAAUACAAUCUAUAAGCAGACACCCUGCUGCCGCAGGGUUCCUCUGGGGUGAUGUGAGAGUUGAAACGGCUCCACAUACCCCUUGUGAUUAAAAGUGGUUUGACCUGUUUGGCCCUGAGGUGUCGUAUUCAAUAAUUUACUUGCAUGUAGCAAGCAUGGCAGUGACCUUUGGAGCGGCAGCUGUUCAAAGUUAAAAUGAGUUUGCAUCUUACAGAAAAGUACUUAACCAUAUUACUCAUUGCACUAUGUACUUUUUAUAUUGCUAAAAUUACGUCGUGUGACUCGUGUGCCUGCUAAACGGCACAGGAGGUGAUGUUAAUGGGGCCCCAGACAUAACAUAGGGAGAAAAAAAAACUUCAAUUGUGGCCACAGCAUAGAUAAAUCUUGCACACAAAAUACUCAUUUGGGCAACACAAUACUAUUUUGUGGCCACAAGGUAGCUGUGACUCUGUACUGUACAGUUGGGUAAGCAAAUCAAGAGCAGAAUUUUCUUUUAGGCCCCUUACAAGCGCUGGUUAAAUGCAUGAACCAAACUAGCAAAGUCAGUUUAUCAACCAAAGAAGAUUUCUAGAUUAAAGGAAUAAUGUCCCUGUAGGACCUUGUAAAACUUGCCCAUGCAUUAAUGUUUAGUUGAGUGGACUACUGUAGCGGUACCUUUACCGGUCUGCCUAAAAAGUCUGUCAGACAACUGCAACUGAUUCAAAACUCAUGAAGACCAAGACAGUGAAUUACAUCAAACCUGCUCAGAGGUCUUUGCACUGGCUGGCUGUCUCUUUGAGAACAGACUUUGAGAUAUUAUGUUAGCUUCUAAAGCUCUGAAUGGUUUCAGCCCAAAAUACACUGGAGACCUUCUAGGCCACUAUGAACAAUCCAGACUGCUCACUUUAUCUGGUGCAGGUCUGAGUCAGAACCAAUCACGGAGAAGCAUUCUAUGCUCCAUAUAUCUGGGAAAGGCGCCCAGGAAAUAAAAUCGGGUCUGCUGAAAGUCUGAGCUCUUUUAUAUCAUGGUUAAAUACAUGCUUGUUUACUACUGUCUUUGGCUAAAACGCUAUCACUUUUAAAUCUUUCUAUUUUCACUCACUGAAACUCUGCACUGUAACCUUCACUUUACCUUCUCCUGCGGGUUUUCCCUUUGUCAUUGUGUUUUGUCCGGUGUGAGGCACUUUGAAUUGCUUGUUGUUGUGAUGUGCUAUACAAAAUAAACUUGCAUUGCCUUGGCUUUCAAA